AUGUCCCGUCCAUCUGCCUCUAUGUCGACUGUCAAAGGAUUCUCUCUUACCUUUGAUGACCUCGCUGCGUUUACGAACCAUGUGCUCUACUCUCCUCCUCCUCCGCUGCCUACUUCCACACGGGACACUCCGAAAGUUAGUGAAGCUCGGAAGCCAAAUCACAACCGCAUGACUAGUGCAUUUGUAGACCCGGAACAACAACGAUCCAGACAUAAGCACUCGGCGUCGUCGAUGAGUAGUACCAACUCAUGGAAGUCAUCCCAUUCACCCACUUCUCCGCACAAUCGGAUCGGAUCGUGGAUUCCGACUUCUCCUCAAUUUGUUGACCACCCCCCUCGUCGAUUGACCGAACGCGAACGGGCCGCACUGGCAAACUAUACCGAGCCAGAGAUGGAUAUUACUGAUAUGGCAGUCUUGUGUCGCGAUCAGAGGAUGAGCUUCGAGUCUCUCCGAUGA